AUGAAGAAAAUUCUAACAUGGUCACCCGUACCUGGGUCAACAUGGUCAACAUGGCCCCUUCCGAAGAUCACCGCCAACUUGGCAAUGGGCGAAGAGAGUCGUUUCAGUGGCAGGAAGAAGCCUAUCGUCGCCGAGAGGGUCCUGGGAACGGUGAAGUGGUUUAAUGUCAAGAACGGCUAUGGCUUCAUCAACCGCAACGACACUCACGAGGACAUCUUCGUCUACCAGACGGCCAUCACGCGCAACAACCCACAGAAGCUGCUGCGCAGCGUUGGCGAAGGUGAGACCGUCGAGUUUGACGUCGUGGUCGGCGAUAAGGGCUGCGAGGCAGCCAAUGUGACCGCACCCGAUGGUGAGCCUGUUCAGGGUAGCCCGUCCGCGGCCCACAGGCGCCCGUUCCCUCCCCGCUGGAUUCCACGUCGCAAUCAACGAAGGCGCGGGCCGGCGUCAAGGCGUGGCCGAGGGGAAGAUCGAAGGGAGGAAGCAGGAAACCGAGACUCUAAGCGGUGGAUCAUGGACGGCGUGGGGAGGCCCUACCCUUGGCGAUACAACCAGCGUUUCAGAGGAGUGCCACGAGCACCUCCGCGAGCCCCACCACCACCACCACCGCCACCGCGGCGUUUCAUUAUCGAUGAGCCACGGUCAGCGUACGCUGAAGAAGAGGUUUUCAACGAACCCCCACCCCGGCGCCCUCCACGGCGGUUCCGUGGCUGCUACUUUCGUAGACGACGUGGCCGUUUUCAGAGCAACCUGGAAAUGGCAGGACGGAACAGCUCCGAAAAAAAAAAUCUCGAAGAAGGAGUACGGGGAGGUAGCGGCGGAAGUGGCAACAGGAGCCAGGAGGACUCCCAGGACAGGGGGAGUGCCCCUUCGUGGCAACGACCUCCUCCGAUGUACCGACACCCAAGGUCCCGCCGACGCAGAACCAAGUCACCAUCCAAGAAGGCCGGGGCCCGUAAUGGACGCGAGAACGAGGCGAGCAGCGGUGGAGUCUCCUUCUUAUGGAAUAUGACUUUCACGUGGAACACAUUCAUGGUGUGA